GCCAGCAGGGGGCGCCGCGUCCUCGGCUUCCAGGAGGCAGUCCGCCAAGGAGCCCAGCCUUCCUCGCGCAGAGGACGCAUCCUCACGGCCCACUGCUGCCUCCGGAGCCACGGAGACCCGCGGACCUCAUCCGGGCGAUGCUGCCCACCACGGCCAGAGCGGCAGAGCAUCAGGGGCGGAGGCGACCGUCGCGAUAGACACCGCGGACGCGACAACGGGUGAUGGUCGCAGCAGCGUCGCUCCAAUUUCCAGCAUGAAAUGCAACAAAAACGGAGAAUGCAGGAGGGACUCGGGCACCGGGAGCCUGCGCUCGAUCAUCUCCAAGCAGGAGAAGCAGAGCGGCGGCGGCGGGUCGGCGAGGGCCGAGGACUCAGGGAGCGCCAAGCGCGGAGCUUGUAAUUCGACCACCGCCAGCAUGGACGGCUCCAUCACGCCAGGUGGGUCCCUCGCCGGGGGGCACGCAAGCGAGGGCGCUACCCCGGGAGCGAGCGGCAUGCCCGAGAAAAAGGACCCCAAGGUGUCCUUCUCCAACGCGCCGAGCCGGAAAGCCUCGUCGUCCCUGCACGGGUCAAGCCAGACCCCGCAGCCGAGGAACUCUGUCACUUUCCAGAAGCCCGAGGAUGGAGCCUCAAUCGUCCCCGCCGAGGAUGCAGAAGCGCGAGGCAGCCAGGCCAGCUUCAUGCAGAGGCAGUUCAGUAGUAUGCUGCAGCCGGGAGUUAACAAAUUCUCCUUACGCAUGUACGGCAGUCAAAAGGCUGUGGAGAGGGAACAGGAGAGGGUCAAAUCAGCCGGCAAUUGGAUUAUCCACCCUUACAGUGAUUUCAGGUUCUACUGGGAUUUCACAAUGCUGCUGUUUAUGGUGGGCAACCUGAUCAUCAUCCCCGUGGGCAUCACCUUCUUCAAAGAGGAGACCACCACGCCCUGGAUCAUCUUCAACGUAGUCUCGGACACAUUCUUCCUUAUGGACCUGGUACUCAAUUUCCGCACAGGAAUCAUCAUCGAGGACAACUCGGACAUCAUUUUGGACCCUGAAACCAUCAAGAAAAAGUACCUUAAGACGUGGUUCAUCGUGGACUUCAUCUCAUCCAUCCCAGUGGAUUACAUAUUCUUAAUCGUGGAGAAAGGGAUCGAUUCCGAAGUGUACAAGACGGCUCGAGCCCUGAGGAUCGUCCGCUUCACCAAGAUCCUGAGUCUUCUGCGGCUGUUGAGGCUCUCUCGAUUAAUUCGCUACAUACACCAAUGGGAAGAGAUCUUCCAUAUGACCUACGACCUGGCCAGUGCCGUGAUGCGGAUCAUCAAUCUGAUCGGAAUGAUGCUGCUGCUGUGUCACUGGGACGGCUGCCUUCAGUUCCUGGUUCCCAUGCUGCAGGACUUCCCCGCUGACUGCUGGGUGUCCCUCAACAAAAUGGAGAAUGACACCUGGUCCGAGCUGUACUCCUUUGCCGUCUUCAAGGCCAUGAGCCACAUGCUGUGCAUCGGAUACGGCCGCCAAGCCCCGGAAAGUUUGUCAGAUAUCUGGCUCACCAUGCUGAGUAUGAUUGUGGGAGCCACUUGCUACGCUGUCUUUAUCGGCCACGCAACGGCACUCAUCCAAUCCCUAGACUCCUCCAGACGGCAAUAUCAAGAAAAGUACAAACAAGUGGAGCAGUACAUGUCCUUCCACAAAUUGCCUGCCGACUUCCGUCAGAAGAUCCAUGAUUAUUACGAGCACAGAUACCAGGGCAAGAUGUUUGACGAGGAGAGCAUUUUGGGAGAACUCAGCGAGCCCCUCCGAGAGGAAAUUGUCAACUUCAAUUGUCGCAAGCUGGUGGCCUCCAUGCCCCUGUUUGCCAACGCGGAGCCCAACUUCGUCACGGCCAUGUUGACGAAACUGCACUUUGAGGUUUUUCAGCCUCACGAUUACAUCAUACGGGAGGGCACCAUUGGGAAGAAAAUGUAUUUCAUCCAGCACGGAGUGUGCAGCGUCAUCACCAAAGGCACACUUGCAAUGAAACUCUCUGAUGGCUCCUACUUUGGAGAGAUCUGUCUGUUGACGAGGGGUCGACGGACGGCCAGCGUCCGAGCGGAGACUUAUUGUCGACUCUAUUCUCUGUCUGUGGACGACUUCAAUGAGGUGCUGGAAGAAUAUCCCAUGAUGAGACGAGCCUUUGAGACGGUGGCUAUUGAUCGUUUGGAUCGCAUAGGUAAAAAGAAUUCCAUCCUGAUGCACAAAGUUCAGCAUGAUCUCAACUCCGGCGUCUUCAACAACCGUGAGAAUGAGAUGAUCCAGGAGAUCGUCAAGUACGACCGCGAGAUGGUGAAGCUUGUGGACCUGCAACGGCCACGAGCAAUGUCGAUGACUCCUUCCAUUGGCGGCAUCUUCGCUCCCCCCGGCCAGUCGCAGACGGGUUCCGCUAUCGCCACCCUCCAGCAGGCCGUGGCCAUGAGCUUCUGCCCUCAAAUGGCGAAUCCACUGGUGGGUCCAGGAACUUUACAAUCGCCUCGAAUGGUGCGAAGGUUCCAGGUGAUGCAGAGCUUGCAAAGCCCGGUUUCCAUGUCUCCUCUUCAGUCGCAACCGCCUCAGACGUUCGGAGGAGCAUUUGGAUCCGCAAUCUCCAGCCCCCCCGUUCAAAGCCCCUUAGCGACCUCGGGACGGACUUUCCAGUAUAUGGCCAGUGUGGGCCCCUCGGGUUCCCAGUUGUCCUUAGUACAGCACCACGUACCCAGUCCCACACAGAGCCAGCAGAGGCCCGCCUCACACAAGAGCACCCACUCCCUUCACACGGGGAGCUUGAGCCAGGAUACUCGAGCGCUGUCCGCCUCCCAGCCUUCACUCCCCCAGGAGGGUGGGCCGCAAACUGCGUCGGCGGUCGCCAGCCCUCCUCCCUCGACACGCACGUCCAACACCUCCAUCGGACCCCCACACCCUAACCUGCCCGGGCCCUCUGGGGUGGGGAGAUCAGCGGGCACUCAACAGAGGGUAGCCUUCGCCUCCGCACCUCCUCCCAGCGGUCCCGCUGCAACGGGGGCAGGAGCGGGAGCUGCUGGAUCAGGGCCCCCGGACUCUGGCGUUCCCAAGAAAGAUUCAGUUGUCAGCCUUCCGGAGCUAGACGCUGCCAGAUCUCGGCUGUCUUCCAACUUGUGACCCUGGUCCAUUUCAGGAAAGAGGCCUUUUUUUUGUAGGUGAAUCCGUUUGUUUUGGGUCAGUGCCACUUGGUCUCGCUGACCGAUCGGCCGUUGCCGACGCCGCCGGUCGUUGGGCCCGGACGUCAGCCGAGGGAGAGGGCGUGUCAAUGACUUGGGACAUUGAUCGGGGGAGAAGUCUAUACAAUGAAAGUGGUAGAAGGUGAGGUUGAACUGGUCUCGACUACUGUGCCAGCAACUUUAUUCUUAGUAUCACCCCUUACACUCUGCUUCCAAACACCUACUACUGUAUAUCGCCGUCAU